GCGGUGGUCUUGUAUCUGCCGCUCCGUUCGGAGGGAUUUUCUUUCCGCGUCGCUGGAGCCAAUCACGGCGUCUCCGCUGUGUUCCGAGGCCCAUAGCGGUCUGACUGGAUCCGUCCAACGUCCGGAGGACUGGUUCUGCGCAGAGAAUCAGCCCGCGGAUGGGUUUGUCUCCAGGCGGGGGACCUGGAACACCGGGCCCGCAGCGGGAGAAAGAAAACGUUUCUGACCCAGAAAACGGGACUGACGGUUGGGCUAGUUGUCAACUAGCAGGCCAGCUAGCAUCUGGCUGCAGCAGAGGUCGGAGGGAGGCUCCCUGCUGAGAACGGAUAACGGAAUUAUUUCUGAUUUACCAGGAUACCUUUUCUACACUCAUUGCACUUCAGGGGAAUUUUUCAGAAUUUUUAUUUUAUUCUUGGGGUUUCGAAGGACUGCUGUCGAGCUAGCUGCGGGCUAGUUCAGUUAGCUUCUCUCCGUGGCAGCCAGACAGCGGAGGACCCGGAGGAGCACCUGCCGUCUCUCCGUGCUUUGUUACCCGUUAACAGACUUUUGGAAGUCGGGACGAUAAUCAUGGCUGCAAAUAUAAUGAAAGUGAUUGUUAGCGGGAAUAAAAGGCGGUACCAGGAGGACGGCUUCGACCUGGAUCUUACCUAUAUCUACCCAAACAUCAUCGCCAUGGGCUUCCCUGCUGAGCGGCUGGAGGGCGUUUACAGAAACAACAUCGAUGAUGUUGUUCGAUUUUUAGAUUCAAAGCACAAGAAUCACUAUAAGAUCUACAAUCUAUGUGCUGAGCGACAUUAUGAUACUUCCAAGUUUAACUGUAGAGUCGCUCAGUAUCCGUUUGAGGACCACAACCCGCCCCAGCUGGAGCUGAUCAAACCCUUCUGUGAGGACCUGGAUCAGUGGCUGAGUGAGGAUGAGCAGCAUGUAGCCGCCAUCCAUUGCAAGGCGGGAAAAGGCCGAACGGGGGUCAUGAUCUGUGCUUACCUGCUGCACAGAGGGAAGUUCCAAGAGGCUCUGGAGGCUCUGGACUUCUACGGAGUGGUCCGAACCCAUGACAAGAAGGGUGUGACCAUCCCCAGUCAGCGCCGUUAUGUCAUCUACUACAACUACCUGCUGAGGAACCGGCUGCAGUACAAACCCGUGGCCUUGCUCUUCCAUAAGAUGAUGUUUGAGACCAUCCCCAUGUUCACUGGGGGCACCUGCAACCCACAGUUUGUGGUGUACCAGCUGAAGGUGAAGAUCCACACGUCUAACCCAGCCAACACACGGAGAGAAGACAAGCUGAUGUAUUUCAGGUUCCCACAGCCACUUCCUGUCUGUGGAGACAUCAAGGUGGAGUUCUUCCACAAACAGAACAAGAUGAUGAAGAAGGAAAAGAUGUUCCACUUCUGGAUCAACACCUUUUUCAUCCCGGGACCAGAGGAGACUUUGGACAAACUGGAGAAUGGCAGUGCUGGUACACUACGGGAACUGUCUGACAAAACUCAUCAGAACCCAACGAUGGUGGCGGGAAGUGAAACUAACGACAAGGACUUCCUGAUUCUAACGCUGAACAAGAAUGACUUGGACAAAGCUAAUAAGGACAAAGCCAACAAGAACUUCUCCCCAAACUUCAAGGUCAAACUGUUUUUCACCAAGACAGUGGAGGAAGGAGCCAACUGUGACACGAGCAGCACGUCAGCCUCGGUGACGCCGGACGUCAGCGACAACGAGCCGGAUCACUACCGCUACUCGGACACAACGGACUCGGACCCUGAAAACGAGCCCUCUGAAGAGGACCACCAUAAUCAGAUCACAAAAGUCUGACACACUCUCUCACACACAUUUAUCAGGCGUAUACGUGUACAUAAACACACAGUAUGUCUGUAUACACAGCCGGAGCGCUGGACAGGGACAAGAGUGUGACAGGCUUUAGGGGGAAUCGGAUCAGAACUGAUCUGUGGACUCAAAAGAACUCAGAUCAGUUUACAACCCCAAACCCCCAUCAUCACAGUUGGACAAUCAUUGUGUGGCAGGCAGCAAUGAGGGGGGGGGGUGACAUAUGAGUGGGUGGGGCCUUGUGUUGACAAAUGAAUGGACAGAUGGAUUUUAAAAGAAAAGGAGUGAAACUUGAAUCUAAACAAACUCAGAGACAAGUAGACUUCUUCUCAAAGAUAAGUCCCUUCAUUUCCUUCCUUCCUGAGCAGCUUUAGUAAACGUUAUGCAGACGAGUCUUGAUUUUGUUUUCAUCUCUGUCCCCAUGUAGUGUCAUAUAUGGAUCUUCUCUCUGUGCAUUGUUGUCACCUUUUUAAACCUAAAUUCACAUAAACUCUUUUAAAUUAUUUCUGUUUUUAUUCACCAUGACGAUGAUGAUAAAAACACAUCUGCUGAGUUAAUUGCUCCUGAUUAACAGGUGUAAAGUAGGCAUGGGCUGGUUUCAGGCUGGCACUGCAGGUUUCACUCCCUCUCUCCAGUCAGUCAGUUGUGUGACCCAAAGGAUAGAAUUUUUACUGAACUUUUCCCUCAUUAAAAAAGUCGGCUAAUUAAAAAUGUUUCCAGCAGCAGCAGAAACACAGUUUAUUACCUUACAAGUGCCAUCUAUUGCUCUUUUAAAGUAACGCCGUUUACAGCCUCUUGCUUGCUUGCUGACAUCAGCAGUCAGGAGGCUCCCAACCUUACUUCACAAAUAGCAGAGCACAAUAUAAUAUGCAUGUUUACUUUAGAUGAAUGACUAAAGUUAUUUGGUGCUUCUUCUGUGUUUUUGAUUUACUUCUCCAUCUUUGUGCUCACAUUUUUUGAAAAGUUAUAGCAUCAUUCGAGCAGCCUCCUGCUACUUUGGUCAGCAGAGAACAGGAAAUGAAUUCUCCACCAAUCUUUAGCUCUUUCAAACCCAAAUAAAAUGUUUAAGUUAAAUAUUCAUCAUUCAUUGUUUUUCUUAGCUUGCUUAGUACUGAUUAGAAUUACAGGAACUGGUGCCCAUCUCUAGCAGUCAUCUGGUAAAUGCGUGGGUCACCCUGGUCAGGUCGCCUGUCCGUUGCAGGGCCAAGUAGAGACCAACAACACCCCCAAUCACUCACAAUUUAGAUCCACUAACUAAACAAACAUGCAUGUUUUAGGUCUGGGAAAAUCCUGAGUACUGUGGGGGAACCCACACAUUCAUGAGGAGAUCUUGCACAAAACCCAAAGGUUGCAUAUGGUUUUUGACCCCACAACCUUGUUGCAAGGUAACGUUGCUAGUAACUGUGCCACCAAGCAGCCCACUUUAGAAUCAGAUCAAGGUAAACCCUCAUCUUUUUCUGGAAUCAGAAACCUGGUCCCACGUGCUUCUGCUACCAACCACGCAACUGUGCAGCCCAAUACUGUCCCUACAGUAGUAGAUAAAACAGUAAUAUGUGACAUUUAAGUGGUAGUAAUAGUAGUCACGUUUCUGUUUGUAAAUUAAUUGGAUGCACAGGAAAGUUUUAGUUUAAAAUUAUUCUGUUGUAGCUCUUGAAGGUCGUCCAUCAGAACCUCCUAACCGUCCAUGCCUACUGUAGCGUUUUAAUGAGCUAAAGCAGCUCAGUCUGUCCCCGCAGAAACAAUCUAACAGAAUUUUUGUGUUUUAAAAUGAGAAAGUGGUACAUAAAAUUUGUUUCUGAUAAGUUUUAACGUAUCAAAGCAAGAAAACUUGAUUUUGUUUUUCACCCCCUCACAGACACUAGCUGAUGAGCCGCAUCAGUCGGGUUCAGAUUGGACCUCUGCAACAUUUAGAGCUUUGAUCUGGAGGCUUUGACCUCCUAAAAUCUCUGGGCUAGAAUCUUAAAAUUGGGUGGGAUUUUUUUGUUUUCGUGGCAUGGCGGUGCACUGAGAGAAGUGCUGACCUGUUUGAAUGUGACUCUGAAGUAGAUGUUUGGAUUCUUCACGAUCUGCUGCCAUUCUGUCAAUCAGCUUGUUUCUGCUGUGAAAAAAUUCCUGGUUCUGUCUGUCCUCCUUGAUCCUCUUCACUUAGCCCCAGAGCUACAAGAUAUGUAUUUAUAUCCAUCAUUAAGCUGAACAACACAGUAUAACCAUUCCUUCUGUCAAUCUGCGUCUCAGCUGCACGCUGUCUCUGACACAACGGAGCGCUUGGUUUUUAUGUGUCUAAAUGCUAGGUGGGUGGAGUUUAUUUAAAACACUUCACUGAAUCCGGAUGUGGCCUGUAAAUAAUUCCAGGCGUGCUCUGUCCAUCUGUCUGGAUCAUGCUGUGUGGUGGUGGCGUUCGGCGGAUUUCAGUUAUUUUCAUGGAUUUAUCAGAACCGUAUAAGCUAUAGAUGUAGAAUUUUUUUGGAAACAGAAACCAGGAUUUGGGUGGUGUCUGGGUCAUGAGAGCUUUACGGUAUGGGUCAGAAGAGGUUGAGAAAAGCAGUUUUUAAAGAUGAAAGCUCCAACACCAGCCUCUUUUAACCUUUGUCCACUGGGUUGUGGUGCUGGAUCCACUUUAGAAACCGUCUGUGCUUCAGCAGCUGAAAGAUGAAGAGCUGCUUCUGUGGCAGUUACUGGGUUUGAACCAGCACUAGAACCACUUUGGUGGAAAAGGCUCCUGCAUGUCUGGUUUCUGUCAUUUCAGAGAAAGUGAUGAACAAUAAUUCUUAUUCUGUCUAUAGAAUAUUAGUCAUUUCACUUGUAUUUUUGGAAAUGUCUGAGCAUCGAAACAUUUGUAAACUAGCAACAAGAAGAGGUUUUAUGGUCAUAUUAGCAUCUCGGCAGACCCAACUCUUCUGUCUGGGUUCUACUGAAGCAGGUGAACUUUAGAGAUGUCCUUAGGUCUGAAGUAAGUGGAAGUUUCAGUCCGUGUUCCUGAUUAUGGUCUUCACAUUCGGUGCUAAAACUUAUCUGCUCUCUUCUUCCUUACUGUCCAUCUUUGGUGCCGUGUCAGGACUCCAGAUUGGUUCUGGAGGUCUGUGUUAUGAAAGUUAUUGGCCUUUGGAAGGGUCUGAUCACACAGCCGGCAUUCUGAAGUAUGAAACACACACACACCUUCAGCGAGAAAACUCUGACCACUUUCUGCUCACAGGGGGAUUUCAGCAGGUAUAUUGGUCAUUAUGUUUGGCUCAUUAAUGCUGAGUGGGUCAGUUUCCUUCCAGUCGUCUGUAUCAAACCUAGGAGCAGAGGCUGAUGUGGACUUUCUUCCUCCUCAGUGAUCAGCCUGCAGCUUCAUAUGAACUAGCUGAGCUGCUGUUGGACCUCCAGGCCAUCUUGUUUAGAUGUAGGUGCUAAGUUAUAAGUUUUGUUGUCCAUCUGUGGUGCUUUCUACAGCAGCAAGCAUUUAGUCAGGCCUUUUCUGCUAUGCUCUGCAGCUCUCUGAACCUGCUAUUUACAGCGACACUUCUCUUAGGUGCUGUUGGACCUGACCCACUUCCUGUCAUCAGCCUGUUCGGACACGACCAACGUGGACAAAAUCAGAAACCUGUCAGUCGUUCAAAGUUUUGUUUCAGGAUGUUUUGCUUGUUUCAUAGCUGCUGACCUUUAAAGCUCCCAGGAAGUUCUACCAGCUCCUACAGAGUCAGGUGUGUGCUGAUUGGUCAGCUAGACGAGCCUGAUCAGCCUGGGAGGAUUUAAUUGGACAUGGAUUUAAUAACCUUCCUUUAAAUUCAAAAAGAAAAAUCACAGCAGCUAAAUAAAAUAAAUUCAGGAAUCUUCAGUGUUUGUUCAGCCAGAGUAAACACAGAAGAUGCUGAAGAUGAGCGUGACAGCAGAUUACUUCCUGAUGAAGGCAGGAAGUAGAUCUGCUGAUUGUAAUGUAAACUGAAGGGGCUUCAGGUGUUUAGGUCAGGUUGGUGCUGUCCACAUUGGUCAGGUGCUUAAUGGUGGUUUCUUUUAGCCAGAUGUUGGUCAUCGAUGAAAAGCUCAACUCUUCUGGAAACAAAUCCAUAAAAGUAGGCGCCUCGUGUCUCCAUCAGCUGUUUUGCUCAAAAAUGUUCAGGUUCUGUUUCUGGUUCCACCUGAUAGAACCUGGUUUAGACUGGUUUUCCACUCAGACUCAUACUUAGAUUUCUGUUUCAGCCAACCAGCUCACUCUGUUUACAUCUCAUCACCAAAUCUGCCAACACGAAGCUCACUUUUUGUUGUCUGUUUAUUUUUGGUUUGAUGAGGUCAUCUCUCCUCCUGACAGAGGAGGUGAAGUCCUCAUCACCUGUUGGUUUAUGAAACAAUCACCAGUUACUCUACAUUUCAUCACAUUUAUCAGUCAUCAUGUGACUAAUGUGAGAUACGAUUUGGCUCUUCAAGUUUCAGAAUAACAGAACCAACAAGUCCAGGAGUAAAAAAAAAAAGUUUAAUUUGAACCAUCUGAUCGUUUCUGGGAUGAUGGGUUCUGUUCUUUUGGACUAAGCCCUGCCCUCAUAAACACUUGUGUCCUGCUCUUUUACCUAAAGUCAUCUGAUGACUGAAGCAUUUCAUUAGGUCAACAACAAACAUUUCUCCUCAUUGAGGGUUUCUGUAAUUUCUGAAGGUAAUUUCUUUCAAGAUAAACUGUUGACUGUGAUGUCAUCAUGAUGAUGUCAUCCUCUCACUGCAGUGGUCUCUAAAUGAUGAGUAUAGGUCCAUUCUGCAGGACUCUGUUGUCCAUACCAACUCUGUUGUCACGUUUUCUUUUGGUGUUUCAGUCAUCAAACAUUCGCUGUAAUCCUACGACCCACGUCGCCAUAGAAACGCGUUAAACUGACCCUCUUCCUCCCUUCCCUGUUUUAUUCCGCCGCUCCUUGUUUUAUAUGGAAAUAAAAACACUGUAAAGGUGAAUAAACUAUUUAUAAACA